AUGGACAUCCACAAGGAGCUCGUCCAGGUCGACGACUUGGAUAUUGGACUCGAUCGCUCACACAUUACUUAUCAAGGCCAGAUCGAGAUAAGCGGAAGUCGCUCCGAAAGUAGCAAUGACGAAACACCUCACCCACGCGACUCAACGCCUGUAUCAUCUACUACUAGGAUAGUCAACAAGGUUCGGCAAAAGAAACACACUGCCGGCAUCAAGAUCAGGAAGACGUUGCAUAUCGCAAAGGUCGAAGAUGAGAUCGAAGAGCCUGAUCCAGACUCUGUGGUACUCGUCGAUACGACGGAGGUGAAGCAGUCGAAGUCACGCCUUGAUCACAAGUCUACAGCGGGAGAGAAGCACACACUCAAAGAUCUUUUGCACAAUCCCAUCGAUACGGUGAAGUCUAAGGGAUGGAAUCAAGGGAACCAAGAAGUUGCAGCAAACAUAGCUGUAAGCGAAGUCCCUCAUGGCCAGGAAGUGGAUCUCGUAAAUGCAGCGACUGUCGUAAACCAAGCUGCGACCAAGGAUGAGAAGGCGCAAGCUCAGAAUAGUCUCGCCCAGAUGCUUGAUCAGCGACAAAGCACCUAUGUGCGAUGGUCGCUCGACCGACAUGUAACGAAGAUUAGAAUCAUCCCACGCGAUACUGCAGUCCUCAAGCCAAGGAAGGAUUUCGAGAAGAAAGACGCCGCAGGCCGCACCGUCACUGAAUGGAGAGAGUAUGGUUCACACUUACUGGACUAUUACGCUCAUCGAUACGGUGGUCAAUACAUAGGCUACGGAUCCGAUCCACCGACUCCCAGCAAAGAGACAAUCAUGCCAAACAUUGAGCGCCUGAUUGUUGCAACAUCGCCUUUCCAGGAGUUCAUCAUGACUACCCGGCGCGUGUAUAGGUGGGAGGCACCUCUCGAGACCACAAAAUACCUGGCGAUCUACCUCAUACUCUGGUACUUCAACCUGCUAUUACCCGGUAUCAUGACAGCAUUGCUGUAUUUGGUUGGCGAGCGACGCUGGAAUGCUCCUUCCAUGGAAGAUCUUCGCGAAGACGUAAGACACAGAGAAGAUGUGGAAAGAACAGCCUUAUCACUCACCGAGUUCAUCGAGAAACAAGGUGACGAGAAUUGGGCACACGACCUCCUUCAAGACCUGGGCCCAUGGCUCAUCGUCCAACUCGCCGACCUAGCCAACUUCUUCGAAAGCAUCCGCAACUUCUACGAGUGGCGGAAACCGACACGUACACUGGCUGUCAUCGUAGUCCUCGCUACUGCCAUCCUUGUCACGGUCUUCAUGCCACUUUGGCUACUCAUCAAGAUCUCCACAUUCUCCGCUGGCUUUACAUUUUUCUGCCUCUUUCCCGUCUCGGUCAAUUUCCCAAAUUAUCGGCUUCUCGUCUCGCCAUCAAAACGGUUGCUAUGGAACAUCCCAACGCAUGCUGAAUGGGCGAUUCAGUACAUACAAGCCGAAGGACUCCGUGUAGUGACUGAGAAGCAAAAUGCGAACAACAAAGCAGCCGAACUGGCAACUACGGCUAGUUCCACUACUCAUGUCUCACCGGUGAACCAAGACUUCGCCUCCUACCCAUCACAUUACGACAAAACACCAGGCCAUCUCAUCAUCAAUGCUACAGGAGUACGUUUCGUCGCGAAACAUGCGCCACACAAUGUGCGCUUCUCUCUGCCUUAUGUACAGAUCCACCAUCUGGAGAAGCAAGACCGGUAUCAGGAGAGAAUGAUCAAGGUCCUCAAGGAGUGCGACAGAGAUCUGCGUUUCCUGAACCGGGAAGGUGAUGAGUGGAUUUUGCAUGAAGUCGAGAAGAGAGACGAGGCGUUUAGUCAGAUUGUUGGGUUCAGUCGGACGACGUGGCAGGUUCUUUGGUAG